CGCAUGUUCCUUAGGUAUACCUACCUGACACGACACUAUCGAAAUAAAACGGUUGUUCUUUUUUUUUUUUUAAAUAACGCGGUGAACUGUUUGUGACAUGGAUUCUGAUUAAACAUUUAUUUCGAUUUUAGUGUUGUGGAUUGAUUUAUUGAAAAAGUGGAGAUUAUGAGGGAUGCCUGAUUUCAGUUGAGAGGUCACAACUAAACGAUGCGCUGAGACCCAAAAUGGAUUCCCCCGUUUCAUCCCAAGACAACGACAUCGAAGUGAACGUCGUAUCCGGAGCGAGCAGCCCCGACAUCCCUUCUUCCCCUUCUAGAAGAGACCAGAAGAGCCCAUUUUAUGAUUUAAAGAAGGAUAAAGAAGAGAAGGCCACUGGCAGUGCUCCCUACACGAGUUUCUCUAUAAGUUCUAUACUUAAUCGGGCUGAACCUAGAAGGGAAUCGAACGUUCUAGAAGCAGCGUUAGCCGCUAAUCAUUUUGGCAGCGCCAAUGAUGCUAUGCUAUCGAGACUCGGCCUAAUAUCGCAAUGGAGUGCACUAGCUGGUCGGUACGGGGGCCUCGUUCCAGCCCCUUGGUACUGGCAGAGGCCUCACGAAAGGACACCACCUAGAGAGGAUUCCAUAAACAACGAGGAAGGCUCAGCAGGGGGCUCACCAAGACCUCGUAGUCCACCCCGCGCCCCUUCUCCGCCGUCACCCUCCCGUUCUUCCCCCCGUUCUCCGCGCCUUCACCCUGCGCUCUAUCCACAACAACCGGACGUUCAAGACUCAGACCCUGAUGUCGAUGAAAGCGAUGACUUCGACAAAGAUGAAAAACGGGAUCCCACCUCCAGUCUCGGAAAGAGAAAGAAGAAAACACGGACUGUUUUCUCUCGUUCUCAAGUAUUCCAACUGGAAUCUACCUUCGACAUGAAGCGAUACCUCAGCAGCUCCGAGCGCGCCGGUCUUGCUGCAAGCCUUCACCUCACCGAGACGCAAGUGAAGAUCUGGUUUCAAAAUCGCAGGAAUAAAUGGAAGAGACAAUUGGCCGCAGAAUUGGAAGCCGCUAAUAUGGCGCACGCGGCUCAAAGAUUGGUGCGUGUACCAAUUCUAUACCACGAGUCUAGACCUACGUCGAUGCCACACACGCCGAUGCCGAUUCAUCCUCAGUUUUCCAACGAAACCGGUGUCUACUUCCCCCCUCAAGCGCCACAACAGCUCCAGCCGCUUCCAGCGUCUCCCGUUACGUCUAGAGCACCGCUGUCCAGUCUAGUGUAGUGUCCGCUUGAAGCCGCUCGAAGAAACGACGCGGCCGAUGGACACUUUUAAAAAUGGAACGUGUUUUUUUACUUUUUAAAGGCGCGGACUAGUCAUAACAGUGAGUGUCAUAGCUGUCAAAUGCCAAAUUAAGAAUCAUAAUUGUAUUUUGUAAUUGAUAAUUUAGUUGUGAGUAGUUAAAUUAUAGAAAUUAAUGUAACGUACAAAAUCGUUGUCAUUCCACAUUGUAUAUUAUUGUAAAUAUAAAUGUUUUAAUGUCUUCUUGUAUUUAUUCUGUGCUAAGCUAGUUAAUAUUGUAAAUAGACAUAGCGAAUCGGUGAUCGGAGUGCUUGUUGCGACGUGCUAUUGUUUCAACAUUAUUAUUGCGUACGUGUUUAUAAUUAUUUGCAAUAAACAUUAAUAUUUAUUUUCUAAUUUAAUAAUAAAUUAAAAAAAAAAAAAAUUACAAAAUUAAAUUGUCUCGUUAAAGGAUGUGUAAAAAAGUUCAAAAAUGGUAGAAAUUUAAGUCCAACGCUAGCCAACCCAGUUGAGUAGUCCUUAUUUUGUAUAAAGUGUUGCCAUUGUCAGUGUCAUUCUAUAAUUGCUAGCCUAAUGCUUGAUUCUAAAUAUUAAUGUUAUCGAUAGCGGACUAUCUUUA